AUGGCCCAGAAACCUCUUUUCCGAUUCGGAGCCACCGACUCGCUCGCCACAUUGCUGGAGCGAAACGAAAAAUGGGCCAACCGAGUGUCAUCAGUGAGACCCUCGCUGUUCCCCACAAACGCUCAGGGCCAGGCCCCCAAGAUUCUAUGGAUCGGCUGCUCCGACUCACGAGCCGGAGAAGGCUGUCUGGAUCUGCUGCCUGGAGAGGUGUUUGUGCACAGAAACAUUGCCAACUUGCUGCCCGACUCUGACUUCUCGUCGCUCUCAGUCAUCCAGUUUGCCGUCCAGGUUCUCAAGGUGCGACACAUCAUUGUCUGCGGUCACUACGACUGCGGAGGAGUGUGGUCGUCGCUCACCUCCAAGAAGCUGGGUAUCAUUGACCACUGGCUGCGACCCAUUCGAGACACAAAGGUGCGACAUAAGGCCAUGCUGGAUGCCAUCGAGGACCCCAAGGACAAGUGUGCCCGCCUCGUGGAGCUCAACGUGUGCGCCCAGGUCAACAAUCUCAAGCGAAACACUGUGAUCAUCGAGGCCCAGGGUGAGCGAGAUCUCCAGAUCCACGGCGUCGUCUACGACCCCGGAAGCGGUCUGCUCAAGGAGAUUAUGGUCCCCGAAGACGAGUAUGCUGAGGACUACUUCGUGUCCGACGCCGGCGAGCUUGUGCAUUAA